AUGAAUCAAUCACAAGCUUCUUAGCUAGUUAUGGAUUCCUUUGAUAAAUGCAAUUAAUUAUUAAAAGAAUUGAUUUAAUUUGGGCCUCCUUCAAAUCCUUUUGAUUGCUGCUGCAAAAUUCUGCCUUCUAAAAAUACUUAAGAUUUAACUCAAAUAAGUAAAGUUAGUAUAAGAAGCACUCAAGAAAUCGUAGAUGAUCUAUCUUAAGCUAUUCUUGACAUCUUGCAUAGAGUUAAUUCAAUUGAAUAAAAAGCAUAGUAAGAAGUUAUAGAGGCUAAUGUUUUAAUUGACAUGAUGAUAAAUCAUAAUGUAGGCAAUUUUCAAUAAGCGAUUUAUUAGAAAAAGCAAAAAUAUGAAGUUGAAAAAGACAAAGAAAUUAUUUUUUAAUUAAACGAAUAAUUAAAGAAAGAAUAAUGCUUGAAUGCUGAGGCUGGACAGACACUAAUAAAAAUGGAAAAUCAGUAUAAAAGUAUGUAGCGCAAAAUGGAAAUUUACUUUAAAAGAAGAAUUGAAAGCAUUUAGUCUCAGAUUAAAAAUAUACAAAAUUCUUAUAUCAAUAAAAAAGAAGUAGACUUCUAAGGUAUAUUUAAAAGAUUGGAUAAAUUGAGAAGACGAAGACCUUGGAGAGAUCAUGGUUUAGAUUUGUUAUUAGAGGAGGAUAAAAAAAAUUUAUAAUUGCGUUUUGUCGAAGGAGGUGAAGAUGGCACUUCUACGCCUUUCUCUAACUAUUCAGGGAUUCUCACUACUGAUUAUUAACUUCCAAUAGACUCAUAACUUGAAAAAGAUCUCAAUUAAGGUGGAUAUCUCGAAGAUUUAAUAUUUAAUUCCUCUUCAUUCAACCAUUAAAAUUAUAGUUCGUCAAUGGCUUCUCAAACACAUAAGAGGUAGACAAGACCUAAUUAUAAGUCUUAAAACUAAACUAUCUUACGCAAGUUUUAUGAUGAUAUUGUGUUAGCAUAGAAAAAUUAGCCUGAUAAAGAAAAUAAAAUAGAAAUAAAGUUAAGUAAAAAUAAUUUACAUGUAGAAAAAAGCAAUAUCUAAUCUAACCCAUUCUUACUGGACUAAUCUUAGCGUCCUUCAACUAUAUUAGCACUAUAAUCUUCAUACAAUUAAGAGAUUUUAAAAGAAUUAGAUAAUGAAAAUGACAUUGAUGAAGAAUAAAACUCUCUAAACAUAUCAGCAAAAGAAGAAAUUCUGCUAAAAGCAUAUGAAAUAGAGUAAAUAGCCAAUAGUUUCGUUAUUAUAGAGCCAAAACAUGUAGUCUUAGAAGAUAUAUUUAAACUUAUUGAUAGCGUAGACUGUAAUCUGUAAAAAACUCUACAAGAAUCUAAUUAACUGGAAGAUAUAUUGAAUGAUAUAUCUUGUUUAGAAGCGAAAAACAAAGAUUAUUAAAAUGAGCAAAUUGGUAAAAGAAGGAAGAGUAAAAGAAGGUAAGAAAUGGAGGGAUUGAAUCAAGUGUAGAUGGUUAAUAAUAGCUGUUUAAAAAAUUAGCAACUGAAUCUUUCUGCUCUUUUAGAAGAUGAAAUCGAACCUUUAGAAGAAGUUUAAAAAAAACAAAAGAUGAUAGAUAACUCUAAAUUUAGUUAAUUUUUUGUUGAUGUUAGCGAAAUCAAGGCAAAUAUAUCUUAAAGCAAGCCUAGUUUUUCACAAUAAAACUCUGUCAAUACUCCUGCUCAUCUUAACUAUAAUAAUAUAAAAAUUGAUGCCAGUAAUUUGAGCAACUUAGGAAAUUUCAAUAAUUAUUUAUAGAAUAAUUUUAUAUAAAGAGGUAAUUACGUACCUACUUAAGAGGAUGAAAUUUUAAUUAUUGACAACAGUUCAUAAGCUGCUAAGUAAAAUGAAGGAUCAUCUAAUAAAAUUCACAGAGGCUCUAAAGGCACACCUGUUUCCCCUAAUCUUUUAAUCAACGGUAUCAUUAAUGGAGACCUUGCUUGCAUUAGCAUUUAUGAUGACCGUACUGUCAAAAAUGCUGCAAUUUAAUAAUAAAAUCUUAAUCUAAAUGGAAAUGAAAACAAUAACAAUUUUAUUUUACCUUAAUUCGAUGAAAGCAAAAUUAGUAAAGUGUUUUCAAGCGCAAAUAACUCAUUCGAAUAUAAUAAUGAUUCAAAAAAUAACCAGAAGAGAUUAUUUGCACAAAAAACUAAGAGUUCAAAAUUCAAGGAUUUUUCUAAAGAGUUUUUAAGCAACAGUGAUAUCCUCAACUAGUCUUCGUUUAAAUAGGAAAAAUCACUAAAUUGUGUUUCAUUGUAAUAAAUUCCUGACAAGCAACUUCAGAUGGAUUAAAAUGACAAUCAAAAUAGUACAAAUUAAGAGUUGAAUGCAGAAUAAUUUAACUUAGAGUAAAGUGAAAAUUUUAUUAAAAGAGAAAUAGUUCCUAUUAUAAAAAUGAACUAAUAGAACAGGAUUCCUUCUCCAAAUAUUAGUUUUUUGCUUGGAGAUCAAAUAAACAUGAGUGAAAUAAGAAAGAAAAAUAACUAGGAUGACGAUAUUUAACAAAUUUCUACAAUUAAUGAUGGAUUUGCAAAUAAUAUACAAAUAUUGUCUCGCGAUGAAAAACUAUUUAACGAUAGUAAAAAUAAUUUAAGCGAAUUUUUAGAUUAAUUUAAUUCAAACAAUGAAAAUCACAAAAAUAAUAUUAAUGUUUAAAUGAAUUGUGCUAAUUUGGCUAUCACAAAUGGUGAGCAUUAGGAAGAAGCUAAGAGACAUUAUACCAACGUUUUAGACCAUCUAUCAAGCAUCAGUGACUAAGAAUUUAAUGAAUAAAACUCUUUAAAGAGUCCACUUAAAGAAACAGUUCACCUUAGAUUCGAUAUUUUUGAUAACAAAUAACCUAUUAACUUCAUAGAUCUUUUUAAUUGCAAAAAUGAUGAAAUUGAGUAAGAGUUUCACUUAGAAGGAAAUCAAAAUACUAUAAGCAACAGAAGUAAUUAAGAAUAAGGUAAAGUGAUAUCUAUUACUCCUGAAUAAGAUAAUGAGCAAACAACAUAGAGGUAAUUGCAAUCAAACCAAAUAUCUGCAACAAAGUUAAAGUGUAGCUAUUCCGUUUCUCCUUCAAAUAAGUAAAUACCAUUAAAGAGAUUUGUAUCAGUCCAUGAAAAAUCUAAUUCUAAUUAUGAUGUGCAUGAAUUUGAAAAGUAAACAUCCUUAUAAAAUUUAUUUACUGAAAACAAUAGCAUUAUAAAGCUUUUAAAGCACCAAAUAUAAGCUGAUAUGAUUGCAGCAGCUGGUUUCAAAAAAGAAAGAGAGGCAGAAAUUUAAAAAAUUAACACUCCGAAAGAAACACAAAAGCUUACGAUUCAAAAAAUAUUUUCAUCAGCAACUUCUGCAUCUUCUCCUAUUUAAUAACUUAAAAAAAAUAAUUCUGUACCCUUCCUUGAAGACGAUAGCUAAAACUUAGCUCAGUAUUAAAAAAAGUAAGACUCUAGCCCUCUAAAGAGACUAAUAAAAAAUAAUCUAUAUUUCAAGAAUGGCAUAUAUUCUCGUCCAACAGAACUAAAUUACUUACAUAAGCCUGCUGAGUUAGCAAAAUCAUUACAAUCUCAAUCACCAACUUUUGAAAAAAAGAUUAAAUAAGAUUCACCUUAAACUCCAAAUAAAAUUCUGCCUAUUAAAUUAGAAAAAGAUCAAGAAACAUAAAAUAACUGUAUUUAGUAUUCUUCGAUCAAAGAAUAAAAUUCAUCUUCAUAAAAAUUAUUAGAAAAUAGCUAAAAUUCAGAACAGAAAAAUUCUUUAAAAUACAUGUAGAAAUACCCUUCAAAUUAUGAAGGUUCAUAUCACCAAUACAUUAGAAAGUCGUUUAAUUAAAGUAGUUCUGAAACUAAAUUUUCUGAGGAGAAACAAAAAAUUUUACAUAUUAUAUAAAAAAAAUUAGAUAUAGCUUAAACUCGUGAAUUUCAUCCAAACAUACAGUAAUUAAAUGAGUAUAAAUAAAGUAAAAUAUUAAUGGGAAAUCCUUUUCACAGAAGACAAAGAAAUGGGUUUAAUGAUUAACAGUCUGCUAUAUCUUUUUCUCAAAGAUCCUCUAUGUAAUCAUUAAGUAAUAUACCUAUUACAACAAAUCAAAGUAGUUGCUAAAAUUUAGCAUAACCAAACAAUUAAGAACUACCUCUUAAUCUCAAAGAAAAAUUACUGUAAAAUUAUUCUGAAUCCGUCGUUGAAGCAGCCAAAAGAAAACUCACAAAUAGCCCAUCUAGAAAGCUGCUAACUUAAAUGAAAUCUUACAAAGUAAAAGAUUCACCUCUUCUUUAGGCAAUUUAAAAACUUAAAUAACAAUCCUCUAUUGAAUAGCAAAACUGA